AUGACGCUCUGCCCCCAGGCCGUCAACAACAGUUACUGCCCGUUUUACGUGCUUCCCUUCUGCGAAGUGAACAACUACACCGUCUCCUCGACCCAAGAGCCGUGGUUCUCCGUGGGGAUCCGCUACCCGACGCCAGACGGAAACCCCGCGGCGGCCGCGCAGCGUCUGGGCUGCUUGGUGCACGACGUGCGCUUCCUGACGUGCAGCUGGCAGGUGGGCAGCGAGGCGCCCGGCGACGUGCAGUACCGCCUGUUCCUGCAGGACCUCGGCACCUACCAGCUGGAGGAGUGUCCGCAGUACGGGGUGGACGCGCGGGGCACGCACGUGCGGUGUCAGUUCACCAACGUGUCCCGGCUGGGAGGACACGUCCAGGUCCUGGUCAACGGCUCCAGCCCGAGCACCAGGGUCCCCUGCUCUGAACUGACCGUGGAGCCCGGAGAAAUCGAGAGAUUAAGUCUGCCCAAGAUCAGUGGGACGUGCAACCAAUCCUAUUCAACCAUGGAGUGGAAAGUGUUCAGUUACUUUCACCACAGGUUUCGAUACGAACUUGAAAUACAAAAGGGCUCAGACCCCCCCUACACAGAGCAGCUCCUGCAGAACUCCUACGUGCUGCCCAAUCCCGGCACCUACGUAGCGAGGCUGAGGGCGGGCAAGUUCUUCCGGACCGUCUGGAGCGAGUGGAGCGCCCCCCAGCGGUUCGACUGUGACAGCGGGGACGACUUGCACUUCCGAGACUGGCUGACGACCGCUCUGAUCCUGCUGGGCGCGCUGCUGACCGUCGGGCUGGGAGUCGUGCUGUGCGGAAGGUCACUGCCGCCCACGGACAAGCGGACGCUGGGUCCCCGGUGCUGCCCUGGGACACCGUCCGUCCUGGGAUCCUUAGUACUCGCUGCUCCAGAAACUCUUCCCCCCCAUCCCCCACAUGAAGGACCCCAUCAGCGACAACCUGCAGAGCAGCAAGCUGGUGACCUGGGAGGCCAGCAGAGCAAGCCGGGAGGACUGCCAGGUGGCGGAGGUGCAGGUUCUGGGGGAAACAUGAAGCCGGAGCUUCACGGGCACUGCAGGAGCCUGGACAGCCAGGAGCUGGACCACGGGGCGCGGGAGGGGGGAGUGGGGAGCGGGACGGGCGGGGGGACCGGCCUCCCCAGCGCCAGUUCCACGAGCUGCCACCAGAGGGGCAUGCUGUGAGGGGUUCGUUUCCUAAAUAAAGGUUUUUUCCAGCCAAUGCCUGGACUCCGGAGGGUGGACCCGGCCCCUGUUGCGCUGGGUCCUCCUGAAAUGA